GUUGAAAUUCGGGUGGGCAAAAAAGGCGACCUCGACAAGGAUGACGACCAACACCAGGUACAAGAACAGGACUGUAAAAGCAGAGGACGGGGAGGAGAAAGAAUAUGUGGGCUUUGCCACCCUCCCAAACCAGGUUCACAGGAAGUCUGUGAAGAAAGGAUUUGACUUCACUUUGAUGGUGGCCGGAGAGUCUGGUUUGGGAAAGUCUACAUUGGUGAAUAGCUUGUUCCUCACAGAGCUGCACAAGGAUAGGAAGCUGCUGAAUGCUGAAGAGCGGAUCAACCAGACAGUUGAAAUCACCAAGCACACAGUUGAUAUUGAGGAGAAAGGGGUGAAGCUGAAGCUGACCAUUGUGGACACUCCAGGUUUUGGUGAUGCUGUCAACAACACAGAAUGCUGGAAACCCAUCACAGACUACAUUGGCCAGCAGUUUGAGCAGUACUUCCGGGAUGAAAGUGGCCUAAACAGGAAGAACAUCCAGGAUAACCGUGUCCACUGUUGCCUAUACUUUAUCCCCCCUUUUGGACAUGGGCUGCGGCCAGUGGAUGUGGAGUUCAUGAAGGCACUUCAGGACAAGGUCAAUGUGGUUCCCCUCCUCUCCAAGGCUGACUGCCUGACUCCAACAGAAAUGCGGAAGAUGAAGGACAAAGUGAGAGAAGAGAUUGAGAAGUUUGGAAUCAAAGUGUAUCAGUUCCCUGACUGUGACUCAGAUGAGGACGAGGAGUUCAAGCAGCAGGACCGAGAGCUGAAGGAGAGCACUCCGUUUGCUGUGAUUGGGAGUAAUACUGUGGUGGAGGCUCGAGGCCAGCGGGUCAGAGGGAGACUCUACCCAUGGGGCAUUGUUGAAGUGGAGAAUCAGUCACACUGUGACUUUGUCAAGCUGAGGAACAUGCUGAUCCGCACACACAUGCAUGACCUGAAGGACAUUACAUGUGACGUUCACUAUGAAAACUACAGAGCUCAGUGCAUUCAGCAAAUGACCAGCAAACUGACACAGGACAAUCGUGUGGAGAGCCCUAUUCCUAUUCUGCAGCUGUCCACUCCUGAUGUGGAGACAGAGAAGCUGAUCAAAAUGAAGGAUGAGGAGCUGAGGAGGAUGCAGGAGAUGCUUCAGAAAAUGCAGCAGCAGAUGCAUGAGCAAGACCUGUAAAGUGCAACAGUGCAGUACCCUGAAGCAAGUAGCUUGAUGUUUGUGGAAAACAAGUAGCAGUGUGAAGAAAUGGUGAAUUUGCCCUUGUCUACUUUUUCCACACAGACUCCUGAUCAAAAUGCCAGAGUCUGAGAAAGCAUUUACGAAUUUAGAACUUUAUAUACACAAUUGUACGCAUGGCUGAUGCACUGAAAGUUUAGGUAACAUUUCUGAGGUUAUACAUGGGUCUAAAACCACCAAUAAGUUUUCACACUUGAUAUGAUAUGGUAUGUAAAGACAGUUAAGUUGUGAGUGUAACGGUUUUAUACACCGUCAGUGAAUGUUAGUAGUUUCAUCUCCUCUUUAACUUCUUCCACGUUAUAUCACAGUGGUUUUGGUUUUGGUGAAAGUUACAUAUGUAUUCUUUAUUUAGGAAUAUUUGUAUGUUAUUGAGUGAGUGAGUGAGUGAGUAGCAGUGCAAGACAGGGUAUUUGUGUGUAUUUUGUUCUCUAAACUAUUUAUUAUAAUUCUUAGUAAUAGCUUUGUAGCAGGAUUUUUGUGUUCCCAGACAGUUUUGAAGUAUUAAGACAUUUUAAUUCCUUAACUACCAGUUUCAUCACACAUUAUUACUUAUUUACAUGUAAGAGUACACUUUAAUAUUUUACAUGUAUGUGUUCUGUUUUACUGCAGAUCCUGAUCCUGCCAAACUGAAUGACUUAGAAGUUACCUGAGAAUUCACAUCGAUGAAUGUGAAAUCUCAGGUAACUUCCAUUUUUUUUGUCUUUCUCUUUUAUAAGACAUUUUUGUCACUCUUUGGGUAUUUUCCUCUGAUGAUAAAGCAGAAUAAUAGUCUGGUUAAAAGUCUGGUUUAAUGUAACAACUUCUACCAUUUUGCACAAGAAUUUAUAUAAUCACAAAUAAACAAAAAUAACUACUUUUAUAUUGUUAACUGCAAUAGUGAUAUUGGACAUGUUUCAUCAUUACAGGGGCACUGAUGUGUGGUGCAAGUGUGUUUGGCAUAGGUUUAGGUAAACACCCCUUAAGUCCUAUCUGAUUUUAAAAGCUACCCGUGUUCAGUAUUUUAGGUAUUUUUAUCUGCAUGCCAAAGAACAACUGUCAUGGUUUGCUGGUUUUUAUGAGAAAUAAAGGCCUUGUUUCUCUGCA